GUUCCCCCAUGGUUCUGGCAUACGGUUGAUUUGACGCAGGUGUCGACUCUGCGUUUCAAGAUGGAUCAAUUGCACCUGCUAAUUGACGACGGAUUAUAUCUCGGUUGAAAAUUAAGCGAUUGUUAGCAUUGCCGUGCGGACGCGGAAGAUCAAUACUACCUCUGCUGUCGCGCAUUUCGAUGCUAGGUAUUAGAAAAUGGCUUCCGAAUUGGAUCUCUCGUCUACUUUUAUCCCAUCACUAUACAAGCCUGCGGCUUUGUUGCCGAUAGCAAGACAUAGAAAAAGCCUACUCUACCUGGCGGAGACCUACCCUGUCACCAUAGUUGUUGGGCAGACGGGGAGUGGAAAAACGACACAGUUACCACAGUAUCUCGAGCAAGUGGGAUGGUGUGCAGAUGGAAAAGCCAUCGCGGUGACGCAACCGCGCAGAGUCGCUGCCACCACUGUGGCAGCAAGGGUGGCUGAGGAAAUGCGAUGCAAGCUUGGUGAAGAGGUGGGCUAUUCGAUUCGCUUCGAGGACCUUACUUCUGCUUCUACCAGAAUUAAGUUUCUGACGGACGGAAUGCUCCUUCGGGAGGCCCUUGUGGAUCCUCUGUUGUCACGGUAUUCAGUGAUCAUGGUGGAUGAAGCGCAUGAAAGAUCCCUCAGUACUGAUAUCCUCUUGGGUAUCCUUAAGAAGAUCAUGAAGAGGCGUCCAGAGCUGAGAAUCGUGGUCAGUAGUGCGACCCUCCAAGCGGAGGAUUUUCUACGCUUCUUCGCCGGCGACGAGUUCCAAAAUGGAGCGGACUCUGAGGAUCUUGGAGGCAGCGUUGGGCGCAUCAUCAGUCUGGAAGGUCGAAUGUACCCGGUGGACAUACUGUUUCUCGAGUCCCCUGCAGAAGACUACGUUGAACGGGCCGUCAGAACGGUGUUUGAUAUUCAUCUGCAAGAGGCCGAAGGCGAUGUCUUGUUAUUCCUAACAGGCCGCGAAGAGAUUGACACUGCCAUCCAGUUGAUUUCGGAGCGUGCGGCGACUCUUCAUCCAAAGGCGCAAUCAAUACUCCCUCUGCCACUUUAUGCCGGUCUUACGACAGACCAACAAAUGUACGUGUUUGAACCGGCCCCGGAGAACACACGCAAGGUCAUCGUGUCUACGAACAUCGCCGAAGCAUCAGUGACAAUCAACGGCAUCGUGUACGUCGUUGAUUGCGGAUUUGCCAAAUUAAGAGCCUACAACCCCACGACAGGCAUCGAGACUUUGACAGGCGUACCUAUAUCGAAGGCAGCGGCGGUCCAACGUGCUGGGCGAGCGGGAAGAACCAAGCCUGGAAAAUGCUUCCGCCUUUAUACGCAGCAGGCAUACGAGCAGCUCCCAGACGCGACAGUUCCUGAAAUUCAGCGAUCCAACCUGGCUCCCGUGGUCAUGCAGCUCAAAGCCCUUGGGAUAGACAACAUAGUCCGCUUCGACUUCUUGACGCCGCCGCCGUCCCACCUUGUGAUCCGUGCGUUUGAGCUCCUGUACUCCCUAGGUGCAGUUGAUGAUCAUGCCAAGCUCACCAAGCCCCUGGGGAUGCGAAUGGCCGAAUUGGCGGUUGAGCCGAUGAUGGCCAAGGUCCUCCUCUCGGCACAGACCUUUGGCUGCUUGAGCGAGAUCCUCACAAUUGCAGCUAUGGUCAGCCUCCAAGGGACCGUGUGGGUCCAGCAUGAAGGCGACCGAAAAUCAUCAGAAAGCUGUCGCCGGAAAUUCGCAGUCGAAGAAGGGGAUCACCUGACGUAUCUCAACGUGUAUCAAGCGUUCGUCACCAAAGGGAAGAAAGACUCCAAGUGGUGUCGGGAUAAUCUUCUGAACUAUCGGUCUCUGCAGCGGGCAGUGAGCAUCAGGGCUCAGCUGAAACGGUAUCUGGAACGCUUCGGCAUCCAGGUCGACGAAACUCUCUCCCGACAGUCGCAAAAGGAUCUGGGGAAACCAUCUGAGCAGAUCCAGCGAUGUCUUACCACUGGCUAUUUCGCCCAUGCAGCAAAGAUGCAGCCCGACGGCACCUUCAAGACAGUCACAGGUGGCCUUACUCUCUAUGCGCACCCCAGCUCGUUGAUGUUUAAUCGAAAAGCCGACUGGGUCAUUUUCCACGAGAUCCUACAAACAGGCGAGAAGACUUUCAUCCGAGAUGUCACGAAGAUCGAAAAGGGCUAUCUACUCGAAUAUGCUCCAAAUUAUUAUAAAGUGAAUUAAUCUGACUCUACGAGAGUGCUUAUGGCAGGCGAUGAGCAAGCAGAUGUUUUACUAUAGAUUUUGUGUCUCUAGAAUGGCUUAAUUGGCCAGCUAAAUGUUUAUCAGCUGCGACACCAGC